AGACAGAUGUCUCUAACGGGGGACAACUGCCUGCUGUGUGGAUACCUUCAGGUGCAGGAGAAGGAGAAAGGGAAAGGUUGGACCAAGAUGUGGGCGGCUGUAACUAAAGCUGAGCCGAUGGUGCUGUACCUACAAGGCAGUGGACAGGAUGUCAAGGGCUCGCGAGCAGUACCGUUACCCGGGUUUGAGGUGGUCUCAGUACCGUCGACGACGGCCGACAAGUCAGAGGUCAAGCACGUGUUCCGGCUCAGCCACACCCAGCAAACUUUGCUCUUAAGUGCCCAGGAUGCAGAACUUCAAGCCAAGUGGGUGGAAGCCCUUUCCAAAGCUGCCCGUGGAGAACCGCCUGCAGACGCAUCGAUGAGCCUGACUGAACACAGGAAGAGCCAGUAGUGGUCACGUUGCAGCCGAAAGACUCGCUACCCCACCCUCUCCUGUGUAUAGAGCACACAUUACUUGAAUUCACUUAACAUUGGCACUUUCCCCCUCCCCAACUUUGAAAGGACAAUUCAAUCCUCCCCAGGCCUCUUCAGUCUCCUCCUCAUGACCACCCAGCUUCUUCUAUUUCUUUAUCUCCGUGUCUCUAUCGAACACACACAAACCACUGAGGCCACUGAUUCGAACGUUUCUUUCUCAGUGUUUUCAACAACCGGAGCGGAUCUUUGAAGAACGUUUGUACAAUAUCUGAAGACUGCUUUUUAAAGAAGUUAUUGGACAUUAUUCCACGGUGUUGUGAAGCAUUAACUCCUCGUCUCCCCAUUAGCGUGGAUGUGUGUGUGCAUGCGUUCGUAUGCGAGUGUUGGAGCGUGAGACCCCUCCUGUGUUUUAUUAUGUACUGAAUGUUAGUAUAAGAAAUCUGAAGGCUGUCUCUGGUGCGUUCACUCCUGCUGAUGACACAGAGGCGGUGCAGUGGGUCCUGUACAGUGUGUAUACAAUAGUGAUGUAAGGAAACAAAGAAAAGAAACUUUUAACUUAAAACACAAAGAAAUGUGUACUUCUGUGGCUGGCCACCUGAUUCUUUUAGUUAUCGCUCCCUUCCCUGUCCCCGUCCCGUUUCCCAGUAGUACAUUGGUGCUGAUUCCCGCUCCACCGUCGUUGUCGGAGUCUGAGACCUCUGACAUACAGUAAGUGUUAUUCACCACAUUUCCACUCAGUUUGUUGUGUGACCUGUCACAGACAGAAGAUCGUGACCACUUUUGACCCUGUGCUGCAGAGUCGGUGUGGUUCUUUAUCUCAGACCAACAACCCACGCCUCUCCUUCGGUGAUGUGACUGAAACCAAGUACUGUACUGUAAAAAUCCUUGACUCUGCCUUGCCCCUUGUUCCUUGCUCCUAUCAGCACCAGCCUUUAAAUAAAAGUAGCAAAUGAACUUCGGUCUCUUUGUGCAUG